AUGCAUGCUGGAUUUGAUGGUACGACAGCACCAUCAAUGGUGAGUCUAGUACCAGCAAAUGUAUCUGUUUCACAACGUGAAAAGAGACGGUUUUAUGUUAAAAAGUCAAUAAUUGGUAUGCAAGAAUUUCGAGACUGGGAAGAGAAACUUGGUGAUUAUUGGUAUCGGCAUCACCAUAAAGUGAACAACAUUGUAUAUUACCAUUGCAAAUAUGAGCCUUGCUACGCAUCAAUGAAAGCUAAAGUAAUGCUCGAUUGUGUACAGUUGUAUGUGACCGAAGAAGGACAUUCACAUCCGGCUCCAGCUGACAUGAUGUCGCCAGCAUCAAAGCAUGUCAUGGAUCCUUUGAGCCGUCAAGCUGUUUCUGUUCAAAAACGAAAACACAUAGAUGAGCAAUACUACACUGGUUUUUCGGCAGCACCAUACCCUCAGCAAUUUUUGAAUGAUAUACUUCGUAUGCAAGGCGAUUUUAAUGGAGUUCAUGAUGCCACUGCAACUGCAUGCUACAACAAUCCUCAUGUAGCAUUUCAAAAUGGUGAAGCAUCAAAAGAAGGCAUCGAAAUAAAAAUGGAGAAUCAGGGAGCUACAACAUCGGAUAUGCGUAUGGAGGUGAUCUCGGCAGUCGCUGAAGUCGCCAAAUACGCACAAACUAGAGUAGCACAUAUGGAAAAUGGUGUUCAGAAGGGUUCUAAUGGAAAUGGUACUGGGCAAGUGACAAAGCCAAUUUCUGCCCAUUCUACAACUUCACCGAUUAGCUCACCUGAAGUACACCCUUCGGGCAAUUCUAGUCAAGUACAACACCGGCAUGGGUUUUUGGAUGAAAGUUACAGUGAUGAUGAUGAAUCUUCAGAUACUGAAAGUGAUGAUGCAAAAUGUUCUUCAUCUCAUGGUGGACAGAAAUGUUCUGGAGAUGUUGAGGUAGACAACGAUUUGUUUGCAAUAUUAAAAAAGAAAAUUGAAAGACAAGUACCGCGGAAGCGUUUACGCUAUUUACGACGCAUUAGACGUCAACUUAGUUAUUUCUUACAAAUGCAUGAAGUGAAAGAGAUGUCUUCACGACUGCCGCCAACAACAAAAUAUGAAGACAUAUUUGGAAAACAUCAUCAGCAGCAACAUACACAGCCACCACAUCAGCACCAGCAGCAACCGCAACAGCAGCAAUCACAACAGUAA